UGCAUUGACCGACGGAAACCCAGCACAAUCUUUCAUACACAAACAGGAAGAAAAAAAAGAGGAAAAGAAAUGGAUGUUACUACCGGUGCUGUACUGCCGGAAGAGUGCAUCGCCACCAUAAUUUCCUUCACAUCCCCUCGCGAUGCUUGCAGGGCUUCACUAGUCUCCCCGAUCUUCAGAUCAGCCGCAGGUUCGGAUCUCGUGUGGGAGAGGCUUCUGCCACAGGAUUAUCAGCAGAUCAUUUCUGAAUCGGUUUCUCCGGGACCAUCGUCAUCAGCAUCCUUGAAUAUCUUAUCCAAGAAAGAUCUUUAUUUCCAUCUAUGCGAUACUCCCAUCCUCAUCGGCAACGGUAACAGGAGCUUCGCAAUUGAUAAAUUGAGUGGGAAAAAGUGUUACAUGCUGGGAGCGAGGGAGUUAUCUAUAAUCAAUAUUGGACGGAGAAUCACGUCAUUCUGGGAGUGGAUUUCUUCAGCUGAGAUGCCAGUUUUAGCCCAGUCCAGAUUCUCGGAGGUGGCUCGUCUUGGAUUAGGGCAUUGGCUUCGAAUACGAGGUAGAAUUGAGACUCAAAUCUUGUCCCCAAACACAAAAUAUGGAGCCUACUUUACAUACGCUAUUGCAGAUCGUAACUAUAAUCUUCACCACCCAGUUAAGUUGUCCAUUAGAUAUGAGAAUGAAAGGAAUGCUACCAAUGCUCAUUUGCUACCAGAUACACCAGAAGGAUAUGAUGGACGGCUUCCAAGCAUGAGAGAGGACAUGUGGAUGGAGAUUGAGAUUGGAGAAUUCUUCACUGACCAAGUUGAUAGCGUGGUGGAGAUGUGCUUGAUGGAUACUGCAUGUGAUCCCUGUAAGUCUGGCCUUGUGGUCCAUGGCAUUGAGCUUCGGCCAAAAUAAGAAAGGCUUUGAGCAUCAUGGAUUAGGAGCCCGGGAUGGAGACGUAAGAGAGCAUUAGAGACCACAUGAAAUGCAAUGGGUAGCUCAACCGUGUUUCUAAGGGGUAGUUCAAUCGACUGGAGACCACGCCUCAUGAAGCGGAGGUCACUAGUUCGAAUCCCCUUCCCCCCUCUUUUGUGGACAUGUAAAAAAAAAAAAGGAGCAUUAAAGACCAACUCAUGAAAUGCAUGUUUAUUUUAAAUUAGUAGGCUUGCACAUAACUUAUCUUUUAUGUAUCAUCUCUAGCGACUAGUUAGUUUAGACCACAUGUUUUCGUAUUUACUAAAAUUAUAAUUUGACACUUCUUUCUUAA